AUGGAUACUACUGUAAAACUGACAACCAAAGAAUAUGAUCAACAUAUUACAGGUGGCACACCUUCUAAUGAUGAAAUCCUUAUUGAUCAAGGGAUGUAUCAGAGAAUAAUUGGGAAGCUACUCUACCUUACAGUCACAAGACCAGAUAUAGCUUAUAGUGUGGAGACAUUAAGUCAAUUUCUACUGCAGUCUCACAUGAAUGCUGCACUCAGGAUCAUAAGAUAUAUAAAAGGAAAACCAAGUCAAGGACUUCUUAUGUCUAGUAGCAAGAAGGAUACUCUUACAACACAUUGUGAUGCAGAUUGGGCGGCAUGUGCAUUGUCCAGGAAAUCUAUCACAGGUUUUAUCAUCAAACUAGGUGAUUCAUUUGUCUCUUGGAAAUCUAAGAAACAAUCAACUGGAUCUAGAAGCUCAGCUGAGUCGGAAUACAGGAGCCUUGUAUCUACAAUUGCUGAAUUAACUUGGUUGAAUGGGUUAAUCAAAGACUUAGGUGUUCAACUACAACUGCCAGUAACUAUAUUAAGUGACAGCAAGGCAACUUUGCAAAUAACUGCUAAUCCAGUCUAUAUGAGACAACAAAACACAUCGAGAUAG